CCUCGACUUCUUCGACACACGACCCGAGCCAAUCUUGGACCCAACCACCCUACGGCUCAAGCAAAUCAUCAUCCCAGUCACCUCAGUCUACCGCUCAACAAUCCUCGGGAGUCCUCGCACCCGGAUCUGUAGCUGCUGGUCCCGCGCCAGUUCACAUGGCCUCUCCAUACUCCCACUCGCCCGCCCCAUCGCACGCCACAGGUCAAGGAACCUCCACUGGCUCGUCUAAUCCUCAAAAGUCG